AUGCGAGGAACAGUAGAUCAGUGUCAUGCCGAUAUCAUUCUAGCAUCAUCAGAACACCCCUUGACCGAUCUCGAGUACGCUGACGAAGUUGUUAUAUUCACGGGAAGCAGCACGAAACUUCUGCAUUUUGUCAACCUUGCAUCGAAGCUGGCUGCAGCCUAUGGACUACGUCUACGCCCUGAUGAAUGCAUGCAGAUGUGGAUUUCUUUGAGACCUCGAACGGGAAUCAGGGUGGACGGACAACCGAUCGAACUCUUCGAUGAGUUCUGCAACCUGGGCUGA